ACGCCUCCCUAAAAAGAGAAGUGUGUGCACAUCUCAAUACACGACAACAUUAACAAACGCGGACAAUCGGUUUGAUUAUUAUCGAACUGGAACUUUUUUAAAUUUUCGGCAGCGGGAAGGAUUAUCCAGUACCCCACGGAAGCGGUAGCGUUGGGAACGGAACCCAAAUCUGUAAACAAACGCAUCGCCUGUUAGCGACAGUUAUAGUAGAUCCGAACACAUGUGCGAAACGACGGCUGGCUAGGCGCAGAAGAUGUUUAAAAACACAUUCCAAAGCGGAUUUUUGUCUAUCUUAUACAGCAUAGGGAGUAAACCUCUUCAGAUAUGGGAUAAAAAGGUGAGAAAUGGCCACAUCAAGAGAAUCACAGACAAUGACAUCCACUCAUUGGUGCUGGAGGUUGAAGGCACAAACGUCAGUACCACCUAUAUAACAUGUCCUGCAGACCCCAAGAAGACACUGGGCAUCAAACUUCCUUUUCUGGUCAUGAUCAUCAAGAACCUAAAGAAAUAUUUCACCUUUGAAGUCCAGGUGUUAGAUGAUAAAAACGUGCGGCGGCGGUUUCGGGCGAGUAACUAUCAGAGCACGACACGAGUGAAGCCGUUCAUCUGCACCAUGCCCAUGAGGCUGGAUGAUGGCUGGAACCAGAUACAGUUCAACCUGUCAGACUUCACCAGGAGGGCAUACGGAACAAAUUAUAUUGAGACGCUGCGUGUACAGAUCCACGCUAACUGUCGGAUAAGGAGGGUGUAUUUUUCAGACAGACUGUAUUCUGAGGACGAGCUUCCAGCAGAGUUUAAACUCUAUUUGCCUGUCCAGAAUCAGAAGGCCAAGCAGUAGAGCUUCUUAACCUGCAUCGUUCCUCCAGACCGGAUGUGAUGUUUAGCUGUAAGAUUUUCUGUGUGUAGACAUAUGAUGAACUUUAAAACUUUGUAAUAUAGUAAUUUUGGAGCUAUGAGUUUUGAGUGCCGUCUUGUGUUGCUCUCUGCACAAUAAAGUUUUUUUUAAUGGA